UGGGUUGUUGAAACCUUGGAGUCAAGUCAAAUCAAGUGCAGUGAAGUUUGUCGAUACCAUUUCUAGUAUAUGAGGGAUCGGGCCAGCAAUUGGUCCACCGCAGUUUAUUAUUAUCUGUUUUAGCAAGAAAAAGGUGAAAUACGGAAGGGCGGUUCAAGUUCUAGCAAAAUCAACCAACAGUCAAGCAAGCACCCUCUUCUCUCUGCAAUCUCUAAACCCUACUUUCUCUGCAUCAUUUAUAAAUCCCGCUUGAAACAAAUUAAAUCUCAGAAAAUAAAAAGACCAUGAAGUUCCAAAUCGAAGACGUUACAGUCUACUUCCCCUAUGACUACAUCUACCCCGAGCAAUACUCUUACAUGAUCGAACUAAAACGAGCCUUAGACGCCAAAGGCCAUUGCCUUCUCGAAAUGCCCACCGGCACCGGCAAAACCAUCGCCUUACUCUCUCUCAUCACCAGCUACUCCCUCUCCAAACCCCAGACCUCCAUCAAGCUCAUUUACUGUACUCGCACUGUCCAUGAGAUGGAAAAAACCCUUGCCGAAUUGAAGCUUUUGCACAAUUAUCAGAUUAAACACUUGGGUCCUCAAGCUAGGAUUCUUGCCAUUGGGCUUUCUUCGAGGAAGAACUUGUGCGUCAACCCUACCGUUUUAGCGGCCGAGAACCGGGAUUCGGUGGAUGCUGGGUGUAGGAAAUUGACGGCCAGUUGGGUUCGAGCUAUGGCUGCGGAGAAUCCCAAUGUGCCUACAUGCCAAUUUUUUGAGAAUUAUGAGAGGGCUGCUUCUGCCGCCGUGUUGCCACCUGGAGUUUAUACCCUUCAGGACUUGAGGGUGUUUGGGAAGGAGAAAGGGUGGUGUCCGUAUUUUUUGGCCAGACAUAUGGUACAGUUUGCUAAUGUGGUCGUUUAUAGUUAUCAGUAUUUACUUGAUCCAAAGGUGGCUGGGAUCAUAUCAAAGGAAAUGCAGAAGGAGUCUGUUGUGGUGUUUGAUGAGGCGCAUAAUAUUGACAAUGUGUGUAUUGAAGCACUUAGUGUUAGUGUUAGGAGACAGACACUUGAAGGAGCUACAAGGAAUCUUAAUAGGAUAAGUCAAGAGAUUGAUAGGUUCAAGGCCACUGAUGCAAGCCGACUUCGUGCUGAAUACAACCGACUUGUAGAGGGUUUGGCAUUGAGAGGAAACCUACCUAUCACUGACAACUGGCUUUCAAAUCCUGCACUGCCUGAUGAUAUUCUAAAGGAAGCUGUGCCUGGAAAUAUCCGUCGAGCUGAGCACUUUUUGCAUGUCCUACGUAGAUUAGUUCAGUAUCUAAGGGGCCGACUAGACACCGAGAAUGUUGAGAAAGAAAGCCCAGUUAGCUUUGUUGCAUCUAUCAAUAGUCAUGCCGGAAUUGACCAGAAAACAUUGAAGUUCUGUUAUGACCGUCUGCAUUCACUCAUGUUGACUCUAGAAAUUACUGACACAGAUGAGUUCUUACACAUCCAAACAAUAUGUGAUUUUGCAACUCUUGUAGGCACUUAUGGUCGUGGAUUUUCAAUUAUUAUUGAACCUUUUGAUGAAAGAAUGCCACAUAUUCCAGAUCCUAUCUUGCAGCUUAGCUGUCAUGAUGCUUCGCUUGCCAUAAAGCCUGUGUUUGACCGAUUCCAAUCCGUUGUCAUUACAUCUGGCACACUCAGCCCAAUUGAUCUGUACCCACGCCUUCUUAACUUUCAUCCAGUUGUUAGUCGUAGCUUUACAAUGUCGUUGACAAGAGACUGCAUAUGUCCAAUGGUUCUCACACGUGGAAGUGAUCAGCUUCCUGUUAGUACCAAAUUUGAUAUGCGAAGUGACCCUGGUGUUGUGAGGAAUUAUGGGAAACUCUUGUUGGAGAUGGUCUCUGUUGUCCCUGAUGGAAUUGUCUGUUUCUUUGUCAGUUAUUCAUACAUGGAUGGAAUCAUUAACACUUGGAAUGAUAGUGGAAUUCUGAAGGAAAUAAUGCAACAUAAGCUUGUCUUCAUUGAGACGCAAGAUGUUGUAGAAACCACGUUGGCUCUAGACAAUUAUCGCAAGGCUUGUGACUGUGGAAGAGGUGCAGUGUUUUUUUCUGUUGCCAGGGGAAAGGUUGCUGAAGGUAUCGAUUUUGAUCGACAUUAUGGCAGACUAGUAAUAAUGUUUGGUGUUCCAUUCCAGUAUACAUUAAGCAAAAUAUUGCUGGCAAGGUUGGAGUACUUACGAGACACAUUCCAGAUAAAGGAAGGAGAUUUUCUUACUUUUGAUGCCUUGAGGCAAGCUGCUCAAUGUGUGGGACGAGUUAUCCGUUCAAAGGCGGAUUAUGGGAUGAUGAUAUUUGCUGAUAAGAGGUAUAGCCGACAUGACAAGCGCUCAAAAUUACCAAGCUGGAUACUGUCUCAUUUACGAGAUGUGAACCUGAAUUUGAGCACCGACAUGGCUUUACAUAUAGCAAAAGAGUUCCUAAGAAAAAUGGCUCAACCUUAUGAGAAGAUCGGUGGCAGUGGUAGGAAGACAUUACUAUCAGAAGAAGAUUUGGAGAAGAUGGGGGAUGGAGGCAUGGAUGAAAUGUUGUAUUAAGGAAUUCUCUGCUCAUUAAAACCAGAAAUGGAAGAGAUGUCUCUGCCAUGAACAAGUUUUGAGUCCACCUCAAUGUAUUAUCCAUUUUAAGUAUCAAGGUUAUCACCAAGUUUUGUAAACUGAGAAGCCGAGUAUUGAAUGCUAAACAUAUAGCCUAUGGCAAUGGCACAUACACACAACAAUUUUUGUAAUCCCUCUAGUGUUUUGGGAUUCACCCCGUACAAUGCACACUGAACUUGAAUGAGAUUAGCUCAUCCCCCUUGAAGAUGAGAGGAGAUUUUAAACAAUGUACAUGAACAGGUUUGUUUCUGGCAACAUUUCAUUUUAUUUUCUGUUAAAAUUUACAGUUAUAAGGAAUUACUGCAGUUCAACCUCAUAA